AACAAACAAGAAGAGAGCCACCUGGCAAAUCCCCUUUCAACUAUCCACCGGGAAGACUAAGAGGUUCCAGAAAAAGCCAUUGUGCCCCAUCAGAUACAAUCCUCCGUCCGCUCACUUCGGAGUAAACUCCAUUUCAUCAGAGGAACUGAUUUCUGCAGUCAACGCAACCAGGAAUGCCUUACAAAACUGUAAUCCUUUGUAGGUUACUCCUUUCGGGCAAACACAGGACAGACCGGCCAACCAUGCCUCCAAGCCAAUCAUUACUCGGCUAAAAAAGAAAGGAAACCACCAACCCAGGUCCGUCUUUCUGCCGGGCAGGUAAAAACCUCUCUUGCAAAAGACGGAAACCUUUCCCCCUUUCGCUCAGCACGCCUCUUCUUGUUGAUUGGACAAAAUAGUUGUCUUUCAAAGGAAAGAGAAAGGCGGGCUCUCCAAACCUCAAACCAGAGGCUUAAUUCUCCCCAGGCGCGUUUUCUCACCAGCCUCCCUCCGUCCCCGCACGUUCCCGAGGCUCCUCCCUCUUUUCCCUCGGCGUGAGUCAUCACCGUUCUUAGCUCCGCCUACUUCUCCGAUUGACUACCUUUAAAAAAAAAACACUCCUCAUGGUCGGCUCGCUCGUGGGCGCGGCUCCACCCCUUUCCAGGAGGCUCCGCCCCUCCACUUAAGGCCUGCGGCCCGGAUAACUACGGCUCGUGUGGUUCGUGAGGCGGGGCGGGAGGAGCCAGCGAGGAAGCUCUGUUGCAUCAAAUCGCCGCAGACAGUCCCGGAAAAGAGUUCCGUAAGCCGGCUCCUUGCUGAAUCGGGACCUCCUGGACAAGGAGUCGCGGGGCUCAUUCUCCCCCCACUCUGGAAAGACGGAAGAGAGGCAGCCAGAAGGACGACAAUCCAGUCUCUCACAGUCCCCGGGACUCGGUCCCGAAAGCCUUCCGUCGCCCUCGCUGCCUCCUCGCGCCGGCCAGGGGCAGCGCAGACUCCUCCCCUUCCCUCUUUUUCCCACCCUCCCCCGUAACCGCAGCAGCGGCAGCGCCACCUUCCCUUCUUCCUUUUCCCGGUUCCUGCUGCCCUCGAGCCUGAGAGGCACCUGCACCUCCCCGCCACGGCGAGAGAAGGGCAAGGCCGGAGUCGGCCGCAGUGGCUCCUCCAAGCGCGUGUACAGUGGAAAGGAUUAUGUGUGCAUAAUACAUGAGGGUGGAAGGCUCUCACAACGCGCACGCAACUGCCGUUCCUUGCGAAGGAGUGUUAAUGCGAUGUGAGGAUUGGGGAGAGGUGAGACGAAGACUUCGCAGUUUGGCUGUUCCUCCAGCCUGAAAAACAGAAGACAAUUAGCAGCCGGAUCCUUUUCCAACGAGGCACCUUCCUCCGCAGACGAGUUUUAUUAUCAUGAUGCCAUGCACAAAUAAAACAGUCUAUAGUUUGUGAUGAGAAAAUAUGAAAAAGGUGGAACAUUUUCUUGGAAGCACUUUAUACAGUAAAUGGUGCUGAUAGAAGAUCUAUUGAGAUUUUGCUGUAAUAGCUACCAGUGAAAAACAUUUUGCGAAUGGGAUGAAUACGCAAAGAGUGACUGCCUGCAGCAGCUUCAUAACUCACAGUAACUUAAGUGGAACACUUAACUAAGGAUGUUUUCAUUUCUACUUUACCCCAUUUGACUUGGCUUAUCUUGAUUGGGGGAAGACAUUCAAAGUGGAGUACCAUAAACUUGAUAUGGAUAAAAAAAAAGACAAAGACAAACUGGAUGAUAGAAUGGCAAGGCCUAGUGGACGCUCAAGUCACAAUCCACGAGGUAGCUCAUCAAAUUCUGGUGUGUUAAUGGUUGGACCUAACUUCAGAGUUGGAAAGAAAAUUGGUUGUGGCAAUUUUGGGGAGCUACGAUUAGGAAAAAAUUUGUAUACUAAUGAAUAUGUGGCAAUUAAACUGGAGCCAAUGAAGUCAAGAGCACCACAACUGCACUUGGAAUACAGAUUCUACAAGCAGCUAGGAUCUGGAGAUGGAAUACCUCAGGUUUAUUAUUUUGGCCCUUGUGGCAAAUACAAUGCCAUGGUGCUGGAACUACUGGGACCUAGUUUGGAAGAUUUAUUUGAUUUGUGUAAUAGGACAUUUUCCCUGAAAACUGUACUUAUGAUAGCCAUACAACUGAUUUCACGAAUGGAAUAUGUUCAUUCAAAGAACUUAAUAUACAGAGAUGUAAAACCUGAAAACUUCUUAAUAGGACGACCAGGAAACAAAACUCAACAAAUUAUUCAUAUUAUAGAUUUUGGGUUGGCAAAAGAGUAUAUAGAUCCAGAAACAAAGAAGCACAUACCAUAUCGAGAACACAAAAGCCUUACAGGAACUGCUAGAUACAUGAGUAUAAAUACACAUUUAGGAAAAGAGCAAAGUAGAAGAGAUGAUUUGGAAGCUUUAGGUCAUAUGUUCAUGUAUUUUUUAAGAGGCAGCCUUCCCUGGCAAGGCUUAAAGGCAGAUACAUUGAAAGAACGUUAUCAGAAAAUUGGAGAUACCAAGAGAGCAACUCCCAUUGAAGUACUAUGUGAAAACUUCCCAGAAGAAAUGGCUACCUAUCUUCGUUAUGUGAGAAGGCUAGAUUUCUUUGAAAAACCAGAUUAUGACUACUUAAGAAAGCUCUUUACAGACUUAUUUGAUCGGAAGGGUUAUAUGUUUGAUUAUGAAUAUGACUGGAUCGGUAAACAACUGCCUACUCCAGUGGGUUCCAUCCAUUCAGAUCCUGUGAUAACUUCCAAUAGAGAAGCACAUCCACACAGAGAUAAGAUGCAGCAGUCCAAAAAUCAGUCAACGGACCACAGAGCAGCUUGGGACCCCCAUCAGGCCAAUCCCCAUCACUUGAGAGCUCACCUGGCAGCAGACAGACAUGGUGGCUCGGUACAGGUUGUAAGCUCAACAAAUGGAGAACUCAACACUGAUGAUCCUACUGCUGGUCGUUCAAAUGCACCCAUCACAGCCCCUACUGAAGUAGAAGUUAUGGAUGAAACCAACUGCCAGAAAGUGUUGAACAUGUGGUGCUGCUGUUUCUUCAAGCGAAGGAAAAGGAAAACCAUUCAACGUCACAAAUGACUUUGGAGGAAAGGAGACGGUGUGGAAUUACUCACUUACUCAUCUGCUAUAUCAUGAUCAGUCAUCUCUCUAGUUUCCACUCAUUUUCCAGCAUCAUCUUUAAGUGAGAAGGUUCUCAUACUUGCUUUGAUUUGGUGGUUCAACAUUCUUAAUUUGGAUCAUCUUUCCUGGGAGCUUUAAUGCUGUGUCAACAUAAGUACCUUUUGAUCACCGAGAUACAAAAAAGUGGUCUUUUUCCUCAAAAUUUGACUUAGAAAACAUUAGCAGUGAUUCAGCUGAAGCCAGAUAUUUUAUAAACCUGGUAUUUGCUAAGCUUUGGGGGAUGCCAUACAGAAAACGAUUACAAGAAGGAACACUGGAAAUUAAGCUAUUAUUGUCCAAGCAUUUAAAAUAACUUGCUUUAAGAUUACUUUUUUCAGUAAUAGGGUUUUUUUUUACUUUUUUUUCCAGUUGUUGCUCUGGUGGUACUACAUUUGCAAAUUUGCCACUUAAUAUUGUUACAAAUAUGGUAUAGUCACUUGCCUGGUGGUACUAAGACAGAAGCUAGAUGAAUCAUUUGAAGACAAGCCUAAAUGCUGUGCUUUCUAAGGAAGUGUAUCAGUGUUUGUAAAAUCUAGGCUUUCAAAUCUGCUUUUGUUGUACCUCUAGUUGAGAUGCGGUGUAGUUAAAGUGGCAAUAGUGCUUGUACUGAAAUGCAAAUAUUUGUAUAAUGCAAGUCGUGCUUCCAGUUAUGUAUGACAUCAGUGCUGAAACAUCAACUAAAAGUUGCUUAAGGGUUAUAAAACCACACUCCUAGGAAGUAACUGCAAACGUAGAGUGGGAAAUCACAAAAUGUUAAUCAAAAAUAUUGUUGAAUGACAGUUUUAAAAAUGAAGGUCUGGAUGUGCCAAGUAGUAAACUAAGGUAUGUAUUUUAUUGAUUUAAGAAAGGAAAAUGGAAGUGGGUUAAACACAAUGCUUCCUUCAAUGAAUGUUACUCUGUGGUUUAUGAUUGCCACUGGGGGUUUCUAGAACAUUCUUACAUUUCAACAAAAUACUGCAUCACUAAAAUACAGCUGAUUGGAUUGAUUAGGUACUUUCCUGAUAAUUCCUCAAAGUGCCUGUGUUAUGAAAUAACAGUUCAUUAGAAAAGGCAGUUCUUUCUCUUCCUCCUUCUCCCGUCAGUUUGCUUUGUUUAAAGCCAUAAUGACAGAAGUGUAUGUUUAUCAUGUUAAGCUGCCAGUAUCAUAAGGAUUUGAGUAAAGGAAAUAAAAUGGCUAGACAGAUUUGUUGACCAAAACUCAAAUUAUGUGUCUUCUUAUAAAAAAGGGUUUCCUAGAGCUAACUUUUGUCUAUCAGUGCAUGCCUUUGGGCAUAAUUAUUUAUUUUUAAUAUCUUAUGGUAACAUUCAAAAUGUGUAUUAAUUGAUAAAUGCACACCAGUUGAAUUCAUUAUUGCAUUUACAGGGAUUGUUUUAUAAUUUAUUUUUCUUAACUGCCAAACUGCAGUGUGUUAUCUUGAAUUAGGCACGCAUAUAAACACAUUGUGCAAAUUUGGCUAUUGUUAAUCACUGAUGCUAUUAAUAAUUGUAAUAUAUUCUUAAUUUACCAACUUGAUCUGACCAAUAAAAACAUAAACUAAAUGAUUUGGUAAAAACGUUCCAUGACCAUUUCAGCUGAUUAUAUUUUAAGCGCUAAAAGAGGCUGAUUUUUUAAAAAAGGAAAAAGGUAGGUGGUUAACACCUUCUUUGCAGUAUUUGACCAAAUUUCUUUUCUCUAUUAUAUUUGUAAAUACUUGGUAUAUAUUUCUUAUCAUACACCUAGCCGUUUCAAGGUUUUCUUUGCCCUGUACAGUGUUUAUAUGAUCAGAAUUCCUUUCACAUAACACUGUGUAUAUUAAUCCAGUUAUAAUGAAGAUUAAAUCAAUGUAAAGCUUGUUCGUUUACUGCAAAGACUGGAAUCUAGACAUUGCUGUUCAGCAAUAUUUUAAGUACACCAUUUUAAUGCUAAGGAGAAUGUUCUCACACAUGACUUGGUCAGUAGAAAGUUACACAGUUGUGUUCAGGUUAAAUCAACAAUGUCUGCAUUUAUAUGCUUUUUCCCGGUCUAAACUAAUAAAAUCAACAUUGCCUGAAUGUAUGAAUAAUAAAACACAUCCCUGUUUAAAAAUAUGUAAUGGAUGAAGAAGAAGAAAAAUAAAGGUAGUUUUUUUUAA